UUCACUCCUCUGCACCGCGCGCUGCCAUGGAGCCGCAGUCGAGCCAAGCAGGCAGAGAGACGAGAGCCUGAGUGAACUGCAGGCGACUUACACACGUCUUUAAACAACAUUCAACACUUUCAAGUCGAAACUCCGGAAGAAUUGUGGUUCAUAACCCAAACCGGUACAAACCCGCGACCAAAAGACACUUUCCAGCUCAGCGGAAGAGGAAGCUUAGGUGAGAGGUCACCAUGGCGCCCUUCCUGCGCAUCGCCUUCAAUGCUUAUGAUGUGGGUGCUCUGCCUCCUCUGUCUGACCCUCCCAUCUGCGCGAUCAAGAUGAAGGAGUCUGUCAACACAGAGCGAGGAAAGACUUUGGUCCAGAGGAAGCCCACCAUGUAUCCAGCUUGGAAGUCCAGUUUUGAUGCUCACAUCUAUGAGGGACGUGUCCUAGAAGUUGUCCUCAUGCAGAGCACUGAGGAGCCAUUGGCCAAGGCUACGGUUGGCGUGUCUGUACUAGCAGAGCGUUGCAAGAAGUCCAAGACCAGUGGCCGUGCUGAGUUCUGGGUGGACCUGCAACCUUCUGGGAGGAUCCAGAUGGCUGUGCAGUUCUUCCUGGAGGACAGUGAUGCAGCGGCAUGGCAGUCAUCGGUGAAGGUUCCUCCUGAAGAUGGAGUCACAACCCUCAACAGGAGGAGAGGAGCUUUCAAGCAGCCCAAAGUUCACUUCAUCAAGAACCACGAGUUCACUGCCACCUUCUUCGGCCAGCCCACCUUCUGCUCCGUCUGCAGAGAGUUCCUCUGGGGGCUCAACAAACAAGGUUACAAGUGCAGACAAUGCAAUGCGGCGAUCCACAAGAAAUGCAUCGAAAAAAUCAUUGGCAGGUGCACUGGAACAGCAGCCAACAGUCGUGACACUAUGUUCCAGAAAGAGCGCUUCAAGAUUGAUAUGCCGCAUCGCUUCAAGCACUAUAACUACAAGAGCCCCACCUUCUGUGAACACUGUGGCAGUCUGCUGUGGGGUCUCUACAAACAGGGCCUUAAAUGUGAAGAUUGUGGCAUGAACGUACAUAGUUAUUGUCAGAAGAAAGUGGCCAAUCUGUGUGGAAUCAACCAGAAACUACUGGCUGAGGCUCUGUCUCAAGUCAGCCAGAAAUCUGUGAAGAAGUCUGAUCCAAAUGCAGCUGAUAUUGGGAUCUACCAAGACAUCCAAAGUGCGACAGCAGACCCUAGUGUAGAUCGCAAUGGCAAGCCUCGUGAGGGCUUGAGCCCAGCCUCAGCUGCAUCUACAGCUCCCAGAGUACGCCUCACCAUUAGCCACCUGGUGUUCCACAAAGUGCUGGGCAAAGGCAGCUUUGGCAAGGUGCUGUUGGCAGAGCUAAAAGGGCAAGGCCAGUACUUUGCCGUGAAGGUUCUAAAGAAGGAUGUCGUCCUCAUGGAUGAUGACGUGGAGUGUACCAUGGUCGAGAAGCGAGUCCUCGCCCUCGCCUGGGAGAACCCCUUCCUCACACACCUCUACUCCACGUUCCAGUCUCAAGAGCAUCUCUUCUUUGUGAUGGAGUACCUGAAUGGAGGCGACUUGAUGUUCCACAUCCAAGACAAAGGCCGCUUCGAUCUCAACAGAGCCACAUUCUAUGCUGCUGAGAUAAUAGUUGGACUGCAGUUCCUCCACUCAAAAGGAAUUAUCUACAGAGAUCUAAAGCUGGACAAUGUCAUGCUGGACAAAGACGGACACAUAAAGAUUGCAGACUUUGGCAUGUGUAAAGAGAACGUGUUUGGAGAGGCCAGAGCCACCACGUUUUGUGGGACACCGGACUACAUCGCACCAGAGAUCCUGUUAGGGCAAAAGUACACCUUCUCAGUGGACUGGUGGUCUUUCGGUGUGCUGGUGUACGAGAUGCUGAUUGGUCAGUCACCUUUCCAAGGUGACGAUGAGGAUGAGCUGUUUGAGUCCAUCAGGUCUGACACCCCUCACUACCCUCGGUGGAUAACCAAGGAGGCCAAGAAUCUGAUUGAACUGUUGUUUGAGCGAGAUCCCAGUCGCAGGUUGGGUGUUGUGGGAGACAUCCGUGCACACCCAUUCUUCAAAACUAUCAACUGGCUGGCUCUGGAGAAGAGAGAAGUGGAGCCCCCUUUUAAGCCAAAAGUGAAAUCCCCCAGCGACUGCAGCAACUUUGACCGAGAGUUCCUGAGUGAGAAGCCACGCCUCUCCCAUGCCGAUAAAAACCUCAUCGACUCCAUGGACCAGGCAGCAUUUGCUGGCUUUUCCUUCGUCAACCCCAGACUGGAAAACAUGAUAAGCAAAUGAAAAGACACAAUGGCUGCCUUGGGAACAUGAUCAUAGCCCUGCACUCCGAAAUAGGCUCUUAUCCUAUUCCCUUUAUCUUCAUAUGGUCUAAGUUCAACUGGAUGGUUAACAAGAACAUAAAAAGCUUUGGGCUUGACUAUGACUUCUUGAGUUCUUCUAGCAGAGGAUGAGAUAAAAUGAUAUGGGGAUGUUUGCUAGGCAUCUAAAUGAAUGGUCCUGUCGCGGCUGUCAAACUGUGUAGGUGUAUAAGAGAGUAAUACACUCCAGGAAAUUAAGGGAGAUACUUAAGAUACCAGCAUUACCAUAUACAAUGCUGGAGGGGGAUAGUCAAUAAUGCAUUCUGUCUUUUUUUAACUUUUAUGACAUUUUUCAUUGUGAUCACACCUUGAAUCUAUACAAAUCAUCUAAUGUACUGUAUCUUGAAAUUUAAAUUCACAGGCACAAGCAUGCUGGCCUCAUUUAGUUACAUGCAUAUAUACGGUAUAUACCCGCAUUGCACAUGCAACUCAAGAGAGUUUGAUUCACUGGUACCAUAUUCACUCUCACCUUGUGUGCUUUGCCUACUGUAUGCCUCCUAUUACAUCCUAUAUAUGUGUGUUACCACAUACAUAUAAGUGUGUGGGUGUGUGCUGCUGUACUCAGUAACAUUGUCUGUUGGUGAAUGAAUCCUUAGUUCAUCCCUCUGGCAGUCAGAUAUAUGCACCAUAGAAAGAAUUGUACAAAGGGAGGGUGAAUUUAAUUCCCUCUGAAUUAAAGUAAGGUUAUUGUGGAGCUGAAUAGUCCCCCACUCUCCCCCCACUGACUACACUGUCUUGGGAAACUGGAGAUGCUCUAAGCAAGCCCUCAAAAGAGAUUUUUUUUUUUACAGAUUUCUACAUGUCAGUCAUCUUGUUUAUUGUGACCCACUGGUGUCAAACCUCAAGCUGUACAGUAAACUGCAGCAUAGGGAAACCAACUGUUAAUCACAUAAUAUUAAUGUUCCCACAUCAGAUAUUUUGGACUCGUCAUCAGACUUACUGGAAAAAGUUGCAGCAAUGUUAUGGUACUAUACCUGUACAUCUAUAUGUGUUGAAGGAUGUGUUAUUUUUGUGUGGGGGGGGAUGGGCAUUUCACUAUAAGUGUAGGGCCUUUGAAAUAUGUUAAAUUACUUGAAUGUAGGACUUUCAACAUGAAGAUAAUAGUGCUAUAUAUGGAAAAUAAUAUGUAUGUUACCAUGAGCUGUCUGUGAGUUAUGGGUGUACUGUUUUUUACUCUCCUAAUCUUUUACAUCUGAUUAUAAAUAAAUAUAUUAAUGUCA